AGUUCACUCUUUAUGAAGCGGUCAGGUGUCUUGUUCUGUUGCUGCUUCGAGUGUAAUUUCAUGACCGAAGGACGACAAACGGCCAAGUUAUGUUCGGCUCAUAUUCUGGUGGAAUUCUGCGCCGUCUUAUUUUUUGCUGCAUGACACUUGUUUGUUUUGCACUUCUUCUUAUGCUGUAUCUCAAAGCGACUGGUAGCUGGCUCUCAGUCUGCAGCUCAGUAACGCAGGUCACUCUCAUCUGGAAGUGGAGCUUUGGUGGUCCACACCAUCUGGAUUCCUGCAAGACUCUGUAUGGAAUUGAGGGAUGUCACUUAACAGAUGAUUGGAGCUUCUGUGACAGAGCAGACGAGGUGAAAAUAUGGCAAAAGAUCAGCAACGGUUUAUCUAAUUUGCCAAAAUCGCCACGUCCACCUUUCCAGCAAUGGGUGUGGAUGAAUGUGAAAUCGCCCUCAAAUUCAAAAAUGAUUUCUGACAUUGACCACUUGAUUAAUCUAAUUGAGAACUCCCGCCAAGAUACAACUCUGUUUGUUCCAUAUGGGUCAAUAGUUCCAUCUGAGGGUGAAGAUUUUGUUUUGCCAAACAAGAGUAUGUCAGUCUGCUGGAUUAGCAAUGUGUGGAAUGAUAGUUUUGCCAGCAUUAAAUACUACAAUGAGCUGAAGAAUCACAUUGAAAUAUACACUGCAGGAAGGGCCUUCCACAAACCAGUCAGUCCUAAUGACCUGCUGACACUUAUUUCCAGCUGCAAAUUUUAUCUGUCAUUUGAAAAGUCAAUCCACCAAGACUAUGUGACUGAAGAGCUGUACAACCCACUAAUAGCGGGUACAAUUCCAGUUGUUCUUGGACCAUCCAGGCAGAACUAUGAGAAUUUUGUGCCAGGAGAUGCUGUUAUUCAUGUGAAUGACUUUUUCUCUCCAAAAGAUCUAGCAGAUUUUCUGUUAAUGUUAGGAGAAUAUGACGAUAUGUAUCGUAGGUAUUUUGUGUGGCGUAAACAUUACAAAGUGAAUCUUACUAUAUUUGGGUUUGAGUGGCAAUAGAGAAGUUAACUUAGUUAACCUAGCCGGUACUGGAGUUAAAAUUUUACAAUUUGCAACAUUUUCUGCAGAGCGUCCAUGUGAAUAUAUAGUUUUUAUUACUAAUAAAUUACACUUGCUAGAGUUUAGUUCUUUGUAGCUGUGCUUCAAUUUUCUAGGAGUGAAGGAAUCUUUCCAGUCAACUCUUUUUAAUUAGCCAUUAAAAAAAUUGUAUUAGAAUUUUUUUUAUGAUCAAUGAAAUGAUAAGUCAAAGCAACAGCAGUGGUAAAGCGUAUUUUAUACAAGAGACCAGUGUGCCUUUAAUACUGUAAUUGAAACCAAGGGAGAUAUUUGCUAUGCAAAUCAAAGGCAGCCAAAAUUUGUUUUCACGUCAAUGUAAGCCUGGAAAAAAGCUUUACUGCUAAAUUGUUCUCAGUCUUUCAUAGCACUGUUGCAUUCCUUUGGCAAGUUAAUUUGUGUAUAUGUUGUUGCGAGUUCCUUGUGAUUGCAUUUUGUAGUUUGGUGGAGUUGACCCUGUUUGGGACAGGAUGAAGGCAGCAGUGUUCCCCACAGGAGAAACGGAAGCGGCGACAGAAAGAAAAGAGGGACGGCGCAAGCUGCACCAUGCAAAACCUGAGCCCCAGCACAGAGCCAAGCAGCUGCACAUAGUGUAAUGAGAUGGAACAAAAAGUUAACUGCAUGCAAGGUUCACACUGCAUAUAUAAAUGUUUUUUUUAAUAUCACUUGUGUGAAAACCACAACAGCUUGUGAGCAUCCAGUGCUGUAUAACGUAAGUGAUAUGAAAAUAUCCACGACCAAAUACAAUUUUC